AUGACUUCCGAGCGCAGCCUCCGCAGGACGCGUUUCGUCUGCGUCUCUGACACGCACAACCAGACGCCCAAGCUGCCCAAAGGGGACGUGCUUAUCCAUGCGGGCGAUCUCACCAAUCAGGGCAGCAUCUCAGAGCUUCGCAAGACCGUCACAUGGCUGGAGAACGCCGAUUUCGAGAUCAAGCUCGUGGUGGCUGGAAACCACGACGUUACCCUAGACGAAGCAUUCUACCAUCAGCACGGCGCAUCUUUCCAUAAUCAGCUUCCCCAGAAUCCCAGUGAAUGCGCCCAGCUUCUGGAAUCAUCCCCAACAAUAACCUACCUCGAGCACGAGGCUCGCACCAUCCAAUUGACAGCUCCUGCCGGGCCACGCACCUAUUUCAAUGUGUUCGGCAGUCCGUACUCGCCGGAAUGCGGCAAGUGGGCCUUCCAGUACAAUCGCGAAGACGGGACCAGGUGGUGGGACGGGAUCCCGUUGGACACGGAUGUGUUGAUCACCCAUGCUCCCCCGCAAUUCCAUUGUGACACCAACUCCAAGGGCCUUGCAGAUGGCUGUAGAGCCUUGCGAGAGGCUCUUAUGCGCAUACGCCCUGGUCUGCAUGUGUGCGGGCAUCGGCAUGAAGGGAGAGGAUCUGAACGCGUCCGCUGGAAGAUCGACCUGCCAAUGGCAGGCGUGCUGGAAGAGCAGACGGACAUUUGGACAGACCCGGGGACAGGCAGCAACAAGCAGUCGCUUGUGGACCUCAGCGUGAGGGGAGGCAGCCCAAUAGACAACGACUUCGUCCACACCAGCCCCGUCGUGUCCAACAGCGUGUCGUUCGCAGGCUCGACAGUUCAUCAGACAGCCUCGUCACGGCCUGAUGUCAUUCUUGCCAACCGCCUCGUCGAGAGCGCUUUCAGACCGUUCCAGCCUCCGACGGCGAUUGCGACAGCUCAAAACGGCGGCCAGCUCAUUUCUCGCUUGGACAGCCGGGCGCUGGAGGGCAGGCUGGGCAGGCGAGAGACGUGCAUCGUAAACGCAGCCAUAAUGGCGAAGAGCUACUACGGAAACAGCGGACCGAAGCGUUUCAACAAGCCGAUCGUCGUCGACAUCGACUUACCCGUGCGGCCGGGAGAGGUUCACGUUGCACCAGGGCCGAGCGGUGAUGUACCGUGA